GAUGUCAAAUGGCUAUUAGGCCCUUUCUUUUUUCUCUGUAUGUUUCUUUUUCAACUUCUCAGUGACAGGAUGCAGAGUAGUCUCCAGUAGAAUGAGGGUGGAAACGCUGUGAACUCGACUCUGAAACCACAGUCAGUCUUUCACCACAGUCAGUCUUCAACCAGAUCACUGAGACGAACACGGUAGCCUAUUACCUAAUUUAGGGCUCUAUUCAAUCUGUAACGCUUCCGCGAUAGAAAUGUAAAGGUCAUUUCAUAUUGAGCCGACAUGUGCAGCGUUGAACGUGAAUGCAAUCUCCGCUACAUUUCAAUCACGCUGUAAAGCGUGUCAAUAAAAGUACAAAUCAAUACAAAAAUGUAAUUCCCCCCUCCCCUUCAGUCGGUUCACUCUCGCAACUUGCUUCAGUAUACAUGGCUUGUCAAAAAUGCUGCGGUUGAAUCAAAUAGGCUACCAACUGGAGAGAGAGAAAAGCGACCUGAAGCGGCAUAGCUGCUCUACUCACUUUCCAGUCAAGCCCAAUUGUUCACAUAUUUAACUAAUCCCGUGCCAUCUGAGGGGAAAUAAAAAUAGAUUGACAUAUGCAGUACUGCCACACGGGUUAUUAUAAUGUGUUUAACGUUCAUGUUAUACAUUUUAAUGUGUUGUAUAUGUGCGCAGUGCUCAACUGUAGGCUACAGAUUUAUGCCGGUGCUGUUAUGUGCAGACCGUCCUGCUGGGGUCUCUGUCCUCAUCCUUCAACCUUAUUAAUCGAUAAACAUUUAGGUAAUUUAGAAUAUGUUCUUAUCCAGAGCAUUUUAGGCCAACAAUCAGUGCAUUUAACUAAAAAUAGGCAAGUUAACAUAUCACAGUCUCAUGUUACUGACAUUAUUUUGAAUAGUUAGUAAACAAACACAAUAGCCUAUAUUUCUGGGUGCAAAAAUGAGCACAGAAUGGGAGUGAUUUUUAACGGGAAGGGACUGCAAAGUUCAGGGGUUAUAGAACUGUUGCAGGAUCAGUGCAGCACAGAGGAAAAAUACAAGACGGAACAGGAAUUAAUUUUCACUCCUGUGUCAACAUCUAUGACACACUACACCAACCUACUGUCAACUUCAUGGCAGUCACUUCAUGAAACAGAGUAUGAUAUAGAAAUAGAGUAAUCACAUCAGUGUAUAAGAGAUCCAGGUCCUAACCUUCCAGACAUUGUCAUGUGAGAGCAGUAGAGUAGAGGUGGUGUGCUGCAGUAGAGACAGCUUCUGUUUCAGAGAAUCCUCUCGCCGCAGAGCCUCCUAUGGAAAGAGAUGCACCAUAAUACAAGCCUGAAAUAUGAGUGGUAUCGGCUUUGAAGUAGAAGAGACAAAUACACUUAUCCACAACAAAUAACACAGAAAAUACAUUGGCGGAUACAACAGUUGUGUGAACAAGGUGUUUAAGGAUGUACAGGACUAACAGUCCCUAUGGCUUUGACUCGAGCAGUUACGCAGGAUCUGUCCAGUCCAUCCAGUCCAAUGGCUAUUCAGUGGAUGAUCGGUCAUCACAGAUAUCAAAUCUGUCCAGGCCAAGUGCCAAGUCAAUAUAUAUGCAGAGGAAGGAGUAUGCAGACUCUAUCACCAAGAUUAUGGACAAAUUCCAUUAUAGAGUAGAGCAUCUGUUCACCUGUGACCUGGAUGGUGGGGAGGUGUGUGAUGUGAAUGACUGUGUUGAGAGGCUGAAUAUACUGGAUGGGAUGGGUAGGGUGUGGGGGCAGGACAUGGUCCUGGAGGUGCGGGAUGGGAACCUGCUGCUAACAGACAUCGAGACCAAGGAGGAGCUGGAGUCCCUGCCUCUGAGCAGCAUUGUGGAGCUGAAGGCUGUGAUGGACAGCUGUGUGUACAACUCCCUGCUGACCGCGACCGUCAAGGACCACAGCAAGAGGACCACCAGUGUCUUCAUGUUCCAGUGUGAGGACCUCCGGGCCGAUUUCAUAAAACGGGACCUAGAGAGAGCACUCCCUCACCAGAGAGAUGACUUUAGCAAUCACAGCAACAACAGCAGGGUCAAUCUAGAAGUUAUGUCUGGCCAUCAAAUAGUUAGGAAUCAUCAGAAAACUGGCCCACCCCCUGAGCAGAGAGAAUGGACUCCUCCAGAAGAACCCUCAGCUCAAUGGAGCGCACCGGACUAUGAUGAAGAUCCUACACCUACACCGCCCAUGCCCAGAGAAGAGCCCUCUCCUCACAGGAAGGAAACCUCAGUCCAACCCCUCUUUAUGGAGGACAAGACAGCCCCUGUCUCACAUCCACGCCCAUACGCAGAGACUGAUAGGAAUGUGGACAUCUUGAAUCAUAUUUUCAAUGAUAUUGAGAUGUUUAUGGGCCAAGUCGCUGCUAUAGCAGCCAAAGCCGAGAUGAAAAACAAGAAAAAAAAGAAGAAGAACAAGGAUAAAGGCAUUGACGGCAUGCCACCAGCAGAGGAGUUUAAAACCUGUCUCCACAAAAUCAAAUACGGGUUCAACCUUCUGGGGGAGCUCAAUGGAAAGAUUAAUAAUCCCAGCGCUCCGGAAUUCGUCCACUGCCUCUUCUCCACCCUGGCAUUUGUGGUAUCCCACUGCCCUGAGGAGCUGCCCCCCACCAUCGUGGCGCCCCUGCUGGAGCCUGAGUGUAUCCGUCUGCUGAGUGAGGAAGCCACCCCUGAGGAGGACCAGCUGUGGCAGUCACUGGGAGACGCCUGGAACAUCCCCAGUACAAAAUGGCCUGAGGAUGAUGAGGACAUCCCUACCUACACUCUGGAGUUCUACGAUGGUUGGCAGCCCCCAGAGGUGACCCACUCUCCUCCAGGGAGAGAGCCAGAGAAGAGAGAACCUGAGAGGAGGCAGCAGAGUCAGAGUCCAUUCUCCACCCCUGAAAAGAGUUCGGCCCAAUGGAAGCCUUCACCAUCACGUCCAGAUGAGCCAAACUCCAGUUACAUGCGUGUGAUGUAUGACUUCACUGCAAGGAACAACAGAGAGCUGAGCAUCUCCAAGGGAGAAGUGGUUCAGCUACUGGACAUGUCCAGGAAAUGGUGGAAAGUAAGGAGCGACAGAGGGGAGCAGGGAUUUGUGCCCAACAACAUACUGGAGUCAGUGGACAAGGAGCAGGAAAAGCAGGAAACCAGUGGUCCUCCCUCCCUAACCAAGAGGUCCAAGCCUAAUCAAGUGAAGGCCUGGCUGGAGCACAAGGGCUUCAGUAAAAUCACGGUGCGCUGUCUGGGUGUGCUGAGUGGCUCCAUGCUCCUGGGGAUGACAAGAGAGGAGCUGAAGAUUGUGUGUCCUGAGGAGGGGGGCCGGGUCUUCUUCCAGCUCCAGAACAUCAAGUCUGCCAUGGCUCUUGCCAGUGAGAUAAGGCCCAUAGAGCCUUAGGACGGGAGAAGACAAGAUGACCAGAGAGUCACAGACGAGUCGGGACACAGACGAGUUUCAACCCUUGAGCUUCAAGCUAUACAUUUCCGCUGUGCAGUAGAGAAAAUAGUGAUUAUAUCCACUGAAAACAAAGUAAGCAGAAUUUAGUUAGAAGUAUGUAGGACGGACGUAUCAAAGCUCGUGUUGGUUACAUUUAGUAAAAAAUACGAUAUGUGCAUUUGAUCAGAUCCAAUACUUAAAGACAGAUUCUCUCUAUAUAUAUUCUGUAUCAACUGUUUUAACUUAAAUAUGUUUAGCAUAUGUAUUGUAUCAAACCAGUGUUGAUGCCACUUGAUUCUAUGAUUGAUCUUGAUUAAUUUAUUAAAGUCACCAUUUAUACAUGUAGAAAUGUAUGUUAAGUGUUAUAAUACUUUAUGUAUCUUGUUUUUGAUGUAUCUGAAAUGUAAUCAAUUGAUAUACAUUUUAUUUUGGUAGUGAUAUGUAUGGACAUGUAAGUCCGUCUGUAUCUCUGUAAACUAAUCAUGUAUCUCAAUGUUGGCUCUGUCUGUCCAUAUAAAUCACUUGUAUUAUUUGACUUAAGUAAAUUAGCUGAAUGACACCAGCCAACAACUGAAUGAAUGAUGUAGGACACAACACGUUAGAUGAAUAAACAUGCUUUAUUUCAUUUUUCAACGUUA